AUGGAUGAAGAGAAACUUGUUAUAGAACAAAUUGUUGAUUUUAAUAAGAUUCUUGAUGAUUUAGAAAAUUUAGAAGUCAAGUUGGAUGAUAAAAACAAAGCUUUAAUCCAUCUUAAUGCCUUGUCAAGUUCCUAUGAACACUUCAAGGAUGCUAUCAUGUUUGAAAUAGAACAUACAAUUACUCUUGAAGAAAUGCAUACCUCUAUCCACACAAAGGAAAGCGAUAAAAGACAAGAGAUCAAGAAUGAGAAUUAUGUUGAAAGUCUGAAUGUUACCAGAGGAAUAACUGAUAAUAAAGGGUCAAAUGCAAAGAAGCAUAGGUCCAAAAAAGAUUAUUUUGAAUCAAUAGAUCUUCGUGAAUGUGGAGUUGUUUUUCUUGGCAACAACAAAUCAUGCAAGGUACAUGGCAAAGGAUCUAUCAAAUUUAGAAUGUUCAAUGACAAAGAGGUCUUGCUAAAAGAUGUAAGGCAAGAUAAGUUGGAUCCUAGAGCUAUCAAAUGUAUAUUCUUUGGAUAUCCUAUAAGGGUAAAAGGUUAUAAGGUUUGGAGAAUUGACCAAGGUGUGCCUAAGUGUAUCAUAUCAAGAGAUGUAUUUGACGAAACAAGGAUUGAAGAGCAGCUUGAUGUCAAAACAAAGUAUUUUCAUGGCAUUCUUGAAGAAACCAUUGAUAUGCAACAACCUAAAGGAUUUGCUAAAGGUAGUAAUAAGGUUUGUCUUCUUAAAAAAUCUUUGUACGGUCUGAAACAAAGUCCUAGACAAUGUUGUGCUUGCAUCCUUAAAAAGAAAGGUCAAGUUCUUACUUAUCUACUACUCUAUGUGGAUAAUAUUCUUCUUGCAAGCUCAAAUAAGGAUCAAAUUAAGAAGCUCAAAUCUGACCUUAGUAAUGAGUUUGAGCUAAAAUAA